AUGGAGAAGACCUCUGGGAAGACCCGUUUGAGGUACCUAAAAGUGACGGCGAACGAGAUUCUUUCAUCCUUCAAGAACAGUACGAAUUCACGUCUUAGGAGGACGACGAGCUCGCGCCUUAUGGAAAUUAACAAGUUUACGGCGGACGAGCAGGACAAGUGUGCCACCCGCAAAUAUAACGACUUCGGCUCGCACGAAAGGGAUGAGUUUGUCGCUGAGGAAGAGGAUGAGCGCGUCGCCGACGUAGAAGACAAUUCAUCCAUCGAUAAGGAGGACGAAUGCAUCUGA